UGGGGCUGACAAGAUGGGCUCAGAGAAUUUCCAGCCUCCUCAACAGCUCUGGCUUAUUUUAAUUGGGCUUUCUCUGUUAUCUUUGGCAGAGACAUAUGGGUUCAGAAAGUGCACGCAGUAUGAAUUGGACAUUCACCAUGUGUUCUGCAUUCGGAAGAAGAUCACCAACUUGACAGAUGCCAUUAUUGACAUCCCUGGAUACACCACACACCUAAACUUGACACAGAACCAAAUUCAGGUCCUUCCUGCCCAUAGCUUCACUAGUUUGUAUGCUCUGGUAGACUUGCGACUGGAAUGGAAUUCUAUUUGGAAGAUUGAUGACGGAGCCUUUUGGGGACUUGAAAACCUGACCUUUUUGAAUUUAGUAGAAAAUAAGAUUCAAAGUGUAAACAACUCCUUUGAGGGCCUGUCUAACUUGGAGACCUUGCUCCUAAGCCACAAUCUAAUUACCUAUAUCCACAAAACUUCCUUUGUCCCUCUUGUCAAAUUGAAACAUUUAAGCCUAUCUCGAAACUUUAUUACCAAUUUUUCCAAUAUUCUUGAAGCAGUCCAGCAUCUUCCAUGCCUGGAAUACCUUGAUCUUACUAAUAACAGAAUCAUCUCCUUGAACCACAGUCCCAGGUCAUUGGUCUCCCUGACCCAUCUGAUCCUGCAGGGGAACAAUCUAACAGAAUUAAAUUUCUCUGCACUGUCACUGCCGAAUCUGACCACUCUGGAUGUCUCACGGAAUAGCCAUCAAGUCAUCCAUAAUGUGUAUCUGGAAACUCUGCCCCAACUUAGGAGUUUAAAUUUGAGUGGAACAUUGGUAAAACUGGAGAUGCUUCUAGCCAAACACCUGCAGAAUCUGAGGGAAAUGGACCUCAGUAACAGGGAGCUUAGAGGUGGUCACUUAAACUUGGGCACAAUGUGUCACCUCCUCAGAAACUUACCCACACUAGAGGUUUUGGUUUUUCGGAAAAAUCCCACUGAUGCAAGGGGCAUAAAGCACCUUGCCAACUGCACUAGGCUUUUGUCCCUUGACCUGAGCCAAAGCAGUGAUCUGGUUCACCUCAAUAACAGUGAGUUUGACACUAUGCCCAGCCUCCAAAGGCUGAAACUAAACAAGUGCCAACUUUCCUUUGUCAGCAACAGGACUUGGAGUUCCCUCCAAAACUUGACAGCCCUAGACCUGAGCAACAACAAGUUGAAAAGCUUUCCAGAUUUUGCAUUUUCACCAUUGAGGUGCCUACAAUCUCUCAUUCUCUCUAGAAAUCCCAUCACAGAACUCAAUAACAUGGCCUUCAAUGGGCUGUAUUCAUUGAAAGAGCUCAACUUGGCUGGGUGCUGGAUAGUGACAAUUGACAGACACUCCUUUGCUCAGUUUCCAAAUUUAGAACUCUUAGACCUUAGAGACAAUAAUAUUCGGACUCUGAAGUGUAGAACCUUUCAAUCUCUGAAGAAGCUCCAGGUUCUGAUUUUCUCCCAGAAUCGCCUGAAAGCUAUAGAGAAGAAUGCAUUUUCUGGCCUCACUACUCUAUAUAAUCUUGACCUGGCAUACAAUAGCUUGUUUGGUCUUCAUGCAGACAUUUUCUUGGGCCUUGAAAAUCUGGAAGUUUUGGAUCUCAGUGUUAACAGAAUUACAUAUGAAACCACUAGGACCUUGCUAUUUCCUCCAUUUAUUAACCUCAAAUCUUUGAAACAACUCAACUUAGAAGGACAAAUACAUGGGAUUCAGGUUGUUCCAACCAACUUCUUCCAAGGGCUGAAUAGCUUGCAGGUUCUACUCCUAGGAAAAAAUCCUGCAGUAUUCCUGGACCACCUCCAGUUUGACCCCCUGAUUAAUCUGACAAAAUUGGAUAUCUCAGGAACAAAAGCUGGAGACCGAAGUCUCAGUUUAAAUAAUUCCUUAUUUCAAAAACUCAAAAGGCUAAAAAUUUUACGCCUUGAAAAUAACAACUUGGAAUCACUGACUCCUGGCAUGUUCUCGGGCUUAGAAAGCCUUCAGAUCUUCUCUUUAAGAUUCAACAACCUAAAAUUCAUUAAUCAAAGUGAUCUGGAGAAUCUGAAGUCUUUGAAGUACUUUGAUCUCUAUGGGAACAAACUUGAGUGCAACUGUGACAAUGUAUGGUUCAAGAACUGGUCAACAAACACAGUAAAUGUCCAUAUCCCCUAUCUUCAGAGCUACCCCUGUCAGCAGCCAAAUACCCAGAGUUUGUUGAUAGAUUUUGAUGAUGCUAUGUGUAAUUUUGACCUGGGGAGGGUCUGCUUUUUCUGUUCCUUCAGUCUGGUCCUCACAACUAUGGUCUUCUCUUGGGUCACUGCCAAGAUGACUCCAUCUCUAUGGUAUGGGCUCUACAUACUUAGAGCCUGGUAUCUAGCCAAAUGGCACAGGACAGAGAAGGAGUUUACCUAUGAUGCCUUUGUCUCUUUCACUGCCACUGAUGAGCAAUGGGUGUAUGAACAGCUUGUUCCAGCCCUAGAAGAAGGUGGCCAUCCCACCUUUAAGCUCUGUCUUCACCACCGGGACUUUGAACCAGGUGUGGACAUCUUUGAGAACAUCCAGAAUGCCAUAAACACCAGCCGGAAAACUUUGUGUGUGGUCAGUAACCACUAUCUGCACAGUGAAUGGUGUCGGCUUGAAGUACAGCUAGCCAGCAUAAAAAUGUUCUAUGAGCAUGAGGAUGUUAUUAUCCUGAUAUUCUUGGAAGAGAUCCCGAACUAUAAGCUAUCCAGCUACCACCGACUCAGGAAACUUGUGAAUAGGCAGACAUUUAUAACUUGGCCAGACAGUGCCCACGAGAGGCCACUCUUCUGGGCUCGUAUUAGAAACGCAUUGGGCAACAAAACUGUGGAGAAAGACAAUGCGCAGCUAAUUGUGGUUGAGUGA